GAUCAGCUUCCAGAACUGCUUCAAAACCACCUCACUUGUGUUUGUGCGCGCGCUGUCAAAGGCAAAAGAAAUCGUGCCAAUUUGGGCCGCUUGACAUCUCACCAUGUGUAAAGGACUUGCGACCCUUCCUGCAACGUGCCUGAAAAGUGCCAAAGACAUCAAACACAAAAUCAGCUUCCUGCUCCAGAAGCAAGAGCCGCAACAGGUGGACCGGAAGCAGACCAAAGAAAAGGAUGAAGACGCUGCAAAAAGGAUGCCAACUGCUGCUGAGGUGGGGAAAUGGAAGGAAUCGUUCAGUUACGUGAUGAACUCUGAAAAGGGUCGAUCGGUGUUUACCGGCUUCCUGAUGUCGGAGUUCAGCCAAGAGAACAUGCAAUUCUGGCUCGCGUGCGAAGACUUCAAGAAGACUCCGACUUGCGAGUUGGAGAAGAAAGCAAAGUUCAUCUACCGGCGUUACGUGGCGCAAGACUCUCCCAAUGAGGUCAACCUGGAUGCCGCGACCAGAGAGGAAACUCUGCAGAACGUGACGAGCGCCUCUCGCGCGUGUUUCGACGAGGCUCAGAGGAGGAUCUACCUUUUGAUGGAGAAAGACUCCUACAGACGUUUCCUACACUCCAAGCUGAUCCUCGAAUUGUCUCAGGCCGACGCCUCGGUUGCACGGAAGAAAGAAAAAAGUGGCUGGGACACUACCGCCAUCCGGCAAGAAAACGCUGGCGGUGCCUAGGCAGGAAGCAAAACCCGAAGAACAUGUCAACCAUUUCCAUGCGAGAUAACUGUGGAGAAAAGCGCAUUUGCGUGCGCCGUUGAACACCUUUGAGUCACAUCAAUGCAUUUGGAUGC